CUUUAACAAAACUUCCCUUUCCAAUUAAUUUUGAAACCAUAUAAGCUUCAUGAAAAUUCUUGAGAAAACAAAAUUUUCUGAGAUGGAUUCUCCCUUAAUCAUAAAAACGAGAUUCGUCUUAUAAAAAGAUCUCUAAGGCUUUCGUUCGGUAUUGGAAUCGGAAUCCAAAUUGUUAUUCAAUAGAAUUCAAUUAAACUGAAUACCAGAAUCAAUAUAGUAAGUUAUUCUUUUGAGAACCCCAGAAUCAGAGGUCUUGGUUAAUGAGAAGAGUAGUGAAAAUUGAGGAGAAGUGCCAGGAAUAUGUAGAGGGAUCGAUAGUGAAGAGCAUUCAAUUCUGAAAAAUAAUUUGGUAAAUUUAGUGUUGUGUUGGAUAUAGGAAAAAGAAGUA